AUGGAGAGAUGGACUAAAGUGAAGGAAUUGGGUCGAGGUUCUUAUGGCAAAGUAUUUUUAGCCAAAUCAACUAUUGGACCUAUUGAUUAUGUUGCUGUGAAAGUAGCUCCUGUGGAAAGAUCUUCUUCGUUGGAGUUGGAAAAAGAUAUUCUACAACACUUAAGGGGAUGCUCAGAAAUAGUUCAGUGUAUUGGAAGCGAGAUGACUUCGGUAUGUUACUAUUUGAUAUUGGAGUACGCUGGUGGAGGUACCUUAGCCGAGUUGAUAAGAAAACAAAAGAAGUUGACGGAGAGUAAGGUGAAGGAGUAUCUGAGAAUGAUACUAAGAGGGUUGUCUUGUAUUCAUCGUCGAGGCUUCGUCCAUGCUGAUCUCAAACCAGCUAACAUUCUUGCGUUCCCUCGACCUAAUGGGAAGAUGAAGUUGAAGAUAGCUGACUUUGGGCUUUCCAAGAGAUGGGUCGUUGGUCAGGAUGAAGCGGCGGAGCACUCCGAGCCGAGGUUUAGAGGAACUGCCAGAUACAUGUCGCCAGAAUCUAUUAUUUUUGGCAAAAUUAGCCCUCCGCUUGAUAUUUGGUCUCUCGGUUGCAUUUUUAUUGAAAUGAUUACAGGAAGUCCAGUAUGGAAUAGCUGCAGAACUUAUGAUCAACUCCUAAAAAAGCUUGUGAAUGAGACGGAACUACCGACUGAUGUAUUAAAAAAACUAUCCAAAGAGGGAAGAGAUUUUCUUGCAAGCUGCCUUGAUCGUGACUCGAAACGAAGAUGGACUGCUGAUAUGUUACUCAAACAUCCCUAUCUAUCAGAAGAAAACUCUUGUCGACCUGAAUUUGAACGUGAAUUAGCUUCAUUGUCCAGAUCACUUUCAUACAUUUAUACAUGUAAUUAUGGAUAUUAA